GGGAAAGCGUGCGGAAGAGAUGUGAAACGCGCUCGUAUGAGCGGCGGAAACUGUGCGCGGAGAUCGUUAGGGAGAAAGGUGCGACGCUGAUCAAACAUGUCCGGUUACAAUGAAAUGAAUGAGAUGAGAUCUGUAGAAAGGUCGCGCGAUCCGCAACAGUGCGCGGGCGACGCGCAAGUCGAUAAAGCGCUUUGUCUGCUCUUCGAGAAUGUAUCGUACAGCGUACAGAAGAGGAUCUUGUCGAAAGAAAGGAAAACAUUGUUAAACGAUCUUAAUGGCGACUUUCGACCGGGUGAACUCACAGCUAUUAUGGGUCCUUCAGGCGCUGGAAAAUCUACAUUAAUGGAUAUCCUAGCAGGUUUUACAACAACCUCAAUCACUGGUAGAAUUAUGAUAAAUGGACAGGAACGAAAUAUGUCAGAAUUUCGUAAACUGUCCGCCUACAUAAUGCAGGAUGACAAUCUGCAACCAUUUUUAACAGUGCAGGAAGCUAUGUUCAUUGCUGCUGAUCUCAAAUUAAGUUUGGAUCAUCGUCAGAAAUCGCAAAAGAUUGACAAAAUAUUAGUAGCGAUGGGUCUCGACGAGUCUCGUUACAUGAUUACGGGCGUACUUAGUGGAGGACAAAGAAAAAGACUCGCCAUCGCACUUGAACUGAUCAACAAUCCACCAGUUAUGUUUUUCGAUGAACCUACAAGUGGUUUAGAUAGCACUUCUUCAAAGCAAUGCCUAGCACUUUUAAAACAGUUAGCGCAAGAAGGACGAACAAUAAUCUGCACGAUACAUCAGCCGAGCGCAAUUCUUUUCAACAUGCUGGAUCAUCUUUAUGUGAUUGCUAACGGCAAUUGCGUUUAUACGGGCAGCACGUAUAAUUUGGUGCCAUAUCUACAUAGUAUAGAAUUUGUCUGUCCGACACAUUAUGAUCCUGUUGAUUUCUUGAUGGAGAUAUGCAAUGGUGAUUAUGGUCCCCACAUAUCCAAGCUAAUGGAAUCGAUCGACAAUGGCAAAAAUAAUCAAUGGAGAUCGACGAAAACCGAUCAUUUGAACAAAAACCAAGGAACUAUUACCUCACAGCAGGUCGCUGAGAGAUUCUAUUCCUUUGAAAUGGAAUUCAAACGUACUUCAUAUUAUACCGAUAACUUUUGGAGGCAACUCUGUAUUCUUAUCAAAAGAAAUGCAAUUAGAUUAUAUCGCGAUAAGGCAUUAACGCUCACACGGAUAUCAGUGCAUUUGACAAUUGCUUUGGUUGUUGGCACAUUAUAUUUUAAAAUCGGCCAAGACGCUGCUUAUAUUUUAGACAAUUUUAAUCUAUCAUAUUAUAAUCUUAUGUUUCUCACGUAUAAUGCAUUUAGUGCUACAAUGGUUACGAUUCCAUUGGAUUUACCGAUACUAAAACGUGAGCACUUCAAUCGUUGGUACAAACUACGAUCGUAUUACCUAGCGAGUAAAAUGGCCGAUUUUGUUAUCCAAUUUAUUUCUACGUUUAUUUAUACAGUCAUAGUAUAUUACAUGAGUGGCCAACUUCCUGAAAGCAGAAGAUUUGGGUUAUACAUGCUCAUGUGCUUUGUUGUCAGUCUGGUUGGUCAAACAAUUGGAUUCAUUAUAGGAUGUGCGCUAAAGAUUCAGAAUAGCGUAAUUUUUGGACCAUUUGCAAUUAUGCCAUUCGUUGUUCUCAGUGGUUUUUUUAUACACACUAAAGACGUAAAUCCCUACUUGGUUUGGCUAUUUGACAUGUCGUUCUUCAAAUAUGCUUUUGAAGGAAUGUUAAUGGUGAUUUAUGGUUACGAUCGGGAGAAAUUAAAAUGCUCGGCGGAUUAUUGUCACUUUACUACUCCCAAAAAAUUCCUCAUGGAACUGGGCAUAGAACAUAUAAAUUAUUGGUUCAAUGUGACAAUAUUGGUAUUACUAUGUAUCGUUUUAGAUAUUAUAGCAUGUAUUAUAUUAAAUAUGAGGAUCAAGAAACGUAUUUAAUACAUCUUAAGAUGAAACUUUUU